UUUCACUUGCUUUUUUUUUGACUUAAUUAAAUUGAGACCAUGUGCAGCAUUGGCGAGGAUGACUUUGGUGACACGGGCGGUCUUCAUGCGAUGACAGCCGGUGGGCCUGUCCAAAUCGCCACUGGUGGAACUGGUGAAUGUCAGAAAUGUGGCCAGCACUCGGACGAUUUGUUUAAAGUAAAUUUUCGGUCAGAAGAGUGCCGCGAUUGCUUCUUGAACUAUGCCAGACACAAGUUUCGCGCUGCCUUAGGUGCGGCCAAGGCACUGCCGCGUGACAGCGACGUGUUACUCCUGCUGGAUGGUUCAAUAGAAUCUAUUGUCCUCCUGGAUAUGCUACACUAUGCCCAGACACAAAACACUUUCAAACGUUUGCAUUGCCAGGCUAAGGUGUUGUAUUUGGAUGAAUCUGUGGUACAGGAACAACAAUCCUUAGAUAUAGAUCGCCUACAGAAACUACAAGAUCGCUAUACACCGUUUGAUUUGUUUGUUAUAGAAUUGGGCACAGAUCUGAGUAAUCUUAGACCUCUCAAAAAUUACACACCGAAAACCAGCAGAGAAGAAAGUGAUUUAAAGAUUAAGUUGGAUAAACUAAGGACCCUGAGUGCUCGCCAGGACUAUCUGCAACAGCAGCGAAAGAGAUUUUUAGCAUCUGUGGCUCAUCAAUUGAAUUGUACUCAUGUCUUUGUGCCUUCUAUAAGCAAAGACUUGGCAACACAAUUCCUAACUUCUAUAGCUCUAGGUCGUGGUGGUAGCGCUGCCUUGGAUGUGGCUCUCUGCGAUGAUCGCCUCGACCAUGACAUUAAACUCCUGCGACCUCUAAAAGAUCUUAAUGAACAGGAAGUACAAUUAUAUGUACGUGCCCGGAAUUUGGAGGAUCUGAAAUUGGGACCAAGCUUAGCAACCUAUGGCCAAGAAAAAGGAGAAACUGCUAGUUUACAAAACCUCACCGCCGCCUUUGUAAGGAAUCUUCAGGAAAACUAUGCCGCCACAGUAUCGACGGUUUUUCGCACGGGUAACAAGAUAGCACCGAAUCGUCAUGUCGACCAAGAUAUGUGCCAACAAUGUCAAUCUCCUCUGGAUUCCCUGCUGUCCGACACUCUUCUGGCGAUCGAAUACUCUAGGGUCGUAUCUCUCGAGGGAUCAAAACUAUCAAAUCACAAUAAUGACCUGGAGCAGUUGUCAAUGCAACGGCUAAACAAAGAUGAUAGACUCUGUCAUGCGUGUCGGAAUGUUCAAGACGAAUACUUAUAAAACAUAAACAAAAAUAUACAUAUUUUAUUUAA